AUGCAUUUGACUACUCUAAUGUCUCUCGUGAUCCCCAUGGCGAUACUCGGAAUAUCGACCCUUCAAGGCGCAGCAGCGAAGUGCUCAGAUGGCCUUGUGAACGUUGUCUUCAACACCGGUCACGGUGGCUAUACUGAACAGCGAUGGAAACAGAUCCACUCCGCUUCCAACUGGCUCACGUUCGAUUUCGGGCUUGGAGACAAACAAAUUCCAAUGCUAGGCAACACCAAUACGUCUGUUCAGCACGCUAUUGAUGUGGUCAACGGCCCAAAUCCACCAGAUUUCAUGCUCACGUUCAACGAACCCGACAAUAAGUAUGGCUCGAGCCCGAGAAAAGCCAUAUUGCAUCCUGAGGAAGCCGCCAAUCUUAUUGCACCAUUGUUGAAGAAGCGAGGAAACCAUACAAAGUUCAUCGCACCCGUGCCGGCUUUCGAUAACCUCAACUGGCUUCCUGAGUUCUAUGGAAAUUGCAGUUGCCAAGACGACUUCUCGGCAUAUAAUGUCCAUAUCUAUAAUAAGACUGUCGAGGAAGCCAAGAUUCGAAUCAACGAUUUCCAUCAGAAGUGGAACGACAAGCCUUUGUGGAUUACUGAAAUUGCUCCGGGUCAAUAUACAGGAGCUUGUCCGAAUCCUAUUCCCUGGGACCAUACAACUAAGUCCAUGCAAGAUAUAUAUGCUUGGGGGCAGGAGACUGAAUGGAUUCAUAAGAUAUUUUGGAACUCGGCUAAUGAGAUCAACUGUACUGAUACGAAUGUGGCUGCUUCGUUUCUGCUUGAUUUUAAUAAUAACUCAACACCGCUCUUGGAUCCUUUCAAUGAGUUGAAUUGUUCUUGA